CCCGCGAUCCCCUGUCGCGCCGGGGUCCGGCCGCCGCGCUCCCCAGACCUGGUCCCCGGAGCACUGCGUCCCCGAUGGCCGGCGACCCAUGGCGGAGGGACGAAGGGAGGGUCCCCGACAGCAGGCGACUCAUGGCGGGGGCCGGGGGUCCCCUGCGCCUCCGCGACUGGCUGGUGGCGCAGAUCGAGAGCGGGCGCUACGCCGGGCUGCGCUGGGAGGACGCGGGCAAGACCCUCUUCCGCAUCCCCUGGAAGCACGCAGCCAAGCAGGGCUACCAGGCGCAGCAGGACGCGGCGCUCUUCAGGGCCUGGGCCAUAUACAAGGGCAAGCACCUAGAGGGCGUUGACAAGGAGGACCCCUCCACCUGGAAGACACGGCUCCGCUGUGCCCUCAACAAGAGCACUGACUUCUGUGAGGUGCGCUCGCGCAGCCAGCUGGACAUCUCCAACCCCUACAAGGUCUACCGGCUCCUGUCUGACGGUGCCCACAGCCCAGUUACCAGGGCUUGUGCUCCCUGUAAAGAGGAGGCCAUUCUUCAUAGCCAGCAGCUGCCCCCUGGAGAAGUGACAGAGCCGGCCUGCAAGACAGAAGAGCAGGUUGGCUCCAGAUUAGUCACAGAGGAUAAGGACAAGGAGCAGCCCCCCAGGCUGGCCCAGCAGGACUCCCUGCCACCAGCUGCCCUGCCCCCAGGCCCUUUGGCUGACCACAGGUACCAGGCUCAGGAUCCUGCUCACCCCUGGGGCCCCUCGCCUUCUGAGGACUUCAGCAACCCCAAUUUUUGGCUGCACGUGCGACUCUUCUAUGGCGCGGAGCUGGUGCGCGAAGCCACAGCGCGCGCGGCCGAGGGCUGCAGCCUGAGUCCGCGCGCAGCCGCCGCUGCCGCCGAGCUCCUGCUGGGGCCGCCGCCGCGCGUCGCGCAGGUUCGUUUCCCGGAGCCGCCGCCCGGCGCCCGCGUACUGCGGCGCCUGCUGCCCCACCUGGAGCGCGGAGUGCUGCUCUGGGUGGCGCCCGAGGGCGUCUUCGCCAAGCGCCUGUGCCAGGGCCGUGUGUACUGGCGCGGCCCGCUCGCCCCGCACCGCGCGCGGCCCAACAAACUGGAGCGAGAGCGCACCUGCCAGCUCCUCGACACGCGCCGCUUCCUCGCGGAACUGAGAGCCCACCUGCAGGAUGGUCGCCAGGAGCCCGAGUACCAGAUCCGGCUGUGCUUUGGCGAGGAGUACCCGGGGCCCCCGGACCAGCCUGAGGAGCGUCUCAUUAUGGCCCAUGUGGAGCCAAUCUUCGCGCGGGAGCUCCUCCUACACUCGAAGCUCCACGGCCAGGUGCCUCGAUGGCGCGUUCCCAGCCCCGCAUCCCCGACAGCGUCACUCACCUGCUGA